GCGGCAACUGUUUACGUUGUCCAACACUGUCGGCUUCGGUCUUUGUUUAGCCGCGUAAAAUUUACCAAACACCUUUAAGAGGCGACUUAAGUUGUACCAAACGUGCUCUUGAAUAAUUUAUAAAAGCAAUAAAUGUGUAGAGUUUAUUGUAAGGGUAGCAACUAACACAAGUCAAUCAUUUUUACUGCCCUGCCGUUCCAACAAUAAGCACAUUUUGCGCGCCAAAACGAGACUAACAAAAUGGCCCAAAUUCAGGAAUACCAGAACUUGGUGCUCGAUGCACUCGAAGUUGUGGAUUUUAAGCUGAUUCGAGAGAAGGGCGACAUAAACAACGAUGCCCUUACUUUUCACCCCGCCAUGGCCCACCAGAUUUUCGGGGAGUCCGAGACGAUUUUUGGCUACCAGGACUUGCAUGUACGUGUGAUGUACACAGCUGGGCCUUUGCACAUUUACCUGGGCAUUGAGUACGGCAACCGGGUGAACGAAAUUUCUGGCGGCGAGGUCAAGGCCGACGACGUGGUCAGCACCAUUGCACAGAGCCUGCCCGACGGAUGUUACUUCAUCAACUUGGAUGAGUUUUUAAAGACGCUGGACAAGGCGGACAAGUUUCAGCCUUUUGGCGAGAAAAUCGGGGAAUAUACCCAGGUGUCCGACGAUGGAACCGAACGGCUCUUCGAGAUCUACCAGUGCGACUACAAGAGUUCGUCAUUCCUCAAGUUCUUUGCACGGCUGCAGACCUUUAUAUUGUGGUUCGUGGACGCUGCCUCGUACAUCGACACCGAUGACCCACAGUGGUGUUACUUUUUGUGUUAUGAAAAAUACAAGAACAGCGAUGGUCAGUGGCAAUACGCCACCGCUGGGUAUACCACUGUAUAUGAGUAUUACGCCUAUCCGGAAAACAAGCGACCCAGGAUUAGUCAGAUGCUGAUAUUACCACCCUUCCAAAAGCUUGGACUCGCCACCCAGAUGGUGGAGAGCAUUUACAAGUUCUACCAGUCGCAGAAGAAUGUAAUCGAUAUCACAGUAGAGGAUCCGUCUGAGGAUUUCCAGCGGUUGCGCAAUUUUGUUGACGCUCGUCUAUGUAAGGAACUCAAGUCCUUUGCCCGCGCGGAAAUUAUCAAAGGAUUUAACAAGGAGAUGGUGCGUGAGGCCCGAGAAACAUUGAAGCUAAAUCCCCGCCAGGUGCGGAAAGUGUACGAGCUUUUGCGUCUGUUCUACACCAAUAUCAAUGAGGAAAAGGAGUAUAAGGCCUACCGACUGGAGGUCAAAAAACGGCUGAAUGCCGUCCACUACAAGCAGCUAAAGGAUCUACAGAAAAUGGAACGCCUUAAGAUGGAUACCGAAAUGAUUAGGGCCCGCCUGCCUACGGUGAAGCAACGCAUGGAUCAGUUGCAGGAAGAGUACACUGUGGUCGAGCAGGACUACCAGCACGCCAUUGCCAAAUUAAGAGCCUUGUAAGGUCUGUCUUCGGAUGCAAGGGGUGUUGAUGAGUAAUUUAUUUCGUUUUCCGUUUUCUAAAUAUGUUGAUUACAAAAUACAUUAUUUUGCUAUAAGCCUACAGUAGGAUUUUCGAAUAAAUAUUAAAAAUUACAAAUA